GUUUUAAUAAGUGUGAUUUUAACAGUGCGGCCCGGCUUGUUUUUUUUUUUCCUUCUUCCCUACGGGUGCCGCUUUUGAACGGUACCGGUGGCUCACUUGCUGGCUGGAGGAGCGACCUGAGGGGGGUGGCGGCGGUGGCGGCUCCACUCCCUGUCUCGAUAUUGCACUCUCCCCGGGCUUCUCGGUGUCCCUUUCCCCCCCUCCCUCCCCGACUUCUCGACAUGCUUAAAACCCGGCAAUGUCUCCUCGGGAUCCGCACUUUCCUCGGGGUCACGUCCCGCAUCUGGGGCUUCAUUCUCUAUGUACUCAGGAAGCACCUCCGCACGAUAAUCCAGUAUCAAACGGUGCGAUAUGACAUUUUGCCUCUGUCUCCUAUUUCUAGAAACAGACUCAAUGCAGUAAAACGAAAAAUUCUGGUUCUGGAUUUAGAUGAGACGUUAAUUCACUCUCAUCAUGAUGGGGUUCUGAGGCCCACAGUGCGGCCAGGCACACCACCUGACUUUAUAUUAAAGGUUGUAAUAGAUAAACAUCCUGUCAGGUUUUUUGUACAUAAAAGGCCUCACGUUGACUUCUUUCUGGAAGUGGUGAGCCAGUGGUAUGAACUGGUAGUUUUUACUGCCAGCAUGGAGAUCUAUGGUUCAGCUGUAGCUGACAAACUUGACAACAACAGAGGAAUUCUGAAGAGAAGAUAUUAUAGACAGCACUGUACGUUGGAAAUGGGUAGCUAUAUUAAAGACUUAUCGGUAGUACAUCAUGAUCUUUCAAGCAUUGUCAUUUUAGACAACUCUCCAGGAGCAUAUCGCAGCCAUCCAGAUAAUGCAAUACCUAUAAAAUCUUGGUUUAGUGAUCCCAGUGACACAGCACUUCUUAACCUGUUACCUAUGCUGGAUGCACUGAGAUUUACAGCAGAUGUCCGAUCAGUCCUCAGUCGGAAUUUACAUCAGCACCGGCUCUGGUAGUCGCAUGAGCAAUCCAGGCAAAGAGACCACCACUUUCUCUCCAGUCCACCCUUUUGCUACUCCUGUGAAAAAAUCCUGGUGGCUUUUGAUUCCAUUUUCAUCUCUCUGGUUGGUUUGUUUGUUUCAAUGCCUGUCACUGAGCUUGUGACCUGUCUGGAGAAGACUUUGAGCCUCCUGCCUUAUACACCUAUCCUUUUAUGGAGCUGUGUUAUCUGGGACAAAAUCUUCCCCUUCCUUUCAAAAAGACUGCACCAAGAAGAUUUGGCACUGUGCAAAUGCUUUCUUAUUCCCACCACUGCUUUUUCUCCCCAACAUCCUAUAUAUCAUAUACAUUAUAUUGGACAAAGUACCCCAUAGGGGCACCCUUUUCAAUGCUUUCCUUUCCUUUAUUACAGCUCAGAUUUUUAUUGAAAAAGACACACAUUAACAUGGUUGCCAUUUCUGUAGAUGUGAACUUGAAGGACAACCACUUAAAGCCUCUAAACUACUUUGCACAAAAAAGACAGUAGGCUUUGGGGACGUUUUAUGGUGUUACGCGUUCAGGAUAAGACUUAAUGCACAAUUAAAACACAAGAGGCCAGCAAGCCCUGCAGCAGACUGUGCAGAUGUCUGGAUUGGUUACGUUGCUAACAAAAAGGAAUAUUUUAAAUAGUAGCUGGUACAAGAGGAAAAGAUGGAAAAUAUACACAGGACCGUCAAAGGAACAGUGGAAUUGUAAUACUGCUUCUGUAUGGAAUUUGUAUCUUUUUCUUUUCCCCUCACAAAGUGACACGUCAGGAAACAAUUAAAAUGGCGUGGAAAAAUAUUAAAAUAGACACAUUUUCUAAAGAUUGAAUAUUCCAUCCUUAAAAUUGCAUUCAGGUUUCUCUUUGCCCACAGGUAGUAAAUGCAUGCAGUUCUUUACACCAAGUGUGGGCAACUGCUUUUGUUUUUUUUUUUUGCCUUUUCUCCCCUAACUUCAUUAUUAUUGAUCAAAGCAAGGUAAAUCCAGUGAAGCUGAAUAAAACAAUGUUUGUAUCUGCAAGCAGCCUAGAACUCCUCCCUGCAGCACAACAGAGCCCAGUUGCUUGUGAACAGUUUUGUGUCACAGGUAGUACCGCCAUGGUUUCAAUUUUCAUAGCUGUCUUUGUUAGGUUGGGCCUUAUUCCUGUUUUAGCAGGAUGGGAUGUCACGAUUUGCAUGAUUUAAAGAUUGUAUUUUUUGUCUUUAGGUGCCCACUUUUUUUUUUUUCUUUU